CCACGCAUCUCCUACAACCACUUCUCUCGUUUCUCCCCCGAUACGUACAGCUAACAUGCCGAAGCAAGCUCAGAAAGAGUCCUCGAACAGCCCUGACUCCCUACGACCAGAGCGACGUCUCAACACGAUGUCCCCAUCUCGGCAACCACAAGAGCGAUCAGCAAAGAGGACUAGAAUAGAUCCCGCACAACUCCCGCUCGUGCCAAAUGUAGCUCCACGGAAGGAAACCCGCCCAGCAGCCAUAGAGCCCGCACAAGACUAUCCAUGUCUCAUGCCAGCGGAACAGGAAACCCAAGAGCCCAUCUUCUCCACGUACCCGGUUGAACGCGAACCACCGGUCAUCUCCUCUCAGCCAGCGGACCUCGAUCGAGAAGGCAAGCGUCAACGUUCCAAUACAGAUUAUCAGCAACUGCCCGUCACCCAGCACGAAAUCAUAGAAGAAGCAAAGACCCUCUGGCUCCUCACGCACCCCAACGAACCGACUCCAAGCUUCGCCAUUGGGUAUCGCACGCCCAUCGACCGUUCCGGCCAGACGACAAUCUCGGCCAACGUGCUCUAUUUCUCCGACGAGCCGCCGCGCGAGGGCAUUUUGGUUGUGGGGCUGCUACGGUCGACGAUUGCGGAGGCGUUGCGCGUUUUGAAAGUGUGUGUUUGUUCGCGACGCCGGAUUGCGGAGGAUGAGGAGAGGGUGAGGGAGGAGGGGAAGGGGAAGGGAAAACAGAGGGAGGGGAGGUCAGAGAGCACGCUGAGAUGAUAGUAUUCGAUUCACUGUUUGAUCGGAGGAUGCAAGAUGGCUCAAAACACUUCGGCAGUGGUUUAAGACCGAAGCAACACAUACCAAUCGGUUGACGCGACGUGUUACCAAAC